AUGGACUCGAGCUGCCGAUUUUUCGGUGUAAUCAUGAAAUUCAAAUCUAUGCCAGAUUAUCGCUGCUAUCGACCUGUGGAACUACCUCUUGGAAUCGAAGACUCUUCCAAUUCCGGACUCGGAAAGUUAAUAAGAAUACGUGGUUAUAACUGUAAGGGUGAAUUAUUUGAAAGUAUCUACGUAGAAAGGAUCCGUGAAAAUACUGUUAGGGAGCUUCGAAGGUUGAUAUCUAUUGGUCAGCAAACUCGUCUUGAUAGUUCUGAAGUAGUUAACAAGUUAUUUGGGGCACUCGUAUUCUUGUUGCCAAGCGAGCCCAUCACUUCUCCACAUCAAAAUAGAGAAAUAAUCGAUAAUUCCUAUUUCACAGUAAUAGGUUCUCAGUAUGAAAUAUUAGGCAUGGUCUACAGGAGAAAAGGUGAUUGGGAGAAGUGUGCCGGACUUUGGGAGAUGGAACCGGAACCUCGUCUGGCCUUAACUCCCGGAGAAAAUUCCGUCGGAGAAACGCUAUUCGAAGGUGUGGGCGAUUACCAAUGCGGCUCACGCAAGUUUUCGAGCAAAUCGAUCAAUAGCCACAUGCAUGUUGCCUGCAAGAUUUUUCGGGAUGCACAGAUAUCUCCUACAUAUCUUCGAGCAAGUCGUAUAAGGAGGGCAAGAAUAAUAACCUCCACAGGAAUGCUUGAGGCUUGGAAAUUUCCUCUGCAACUAUAUGAAAGCGAUAAAAUUUCACGACAUGAAUCAGUGACCAAUAAUUAUGUUAUCAUACUGGACAAGCAGUGUAAUUUUUAUGGAGCUUACCAGUACGAUUCCAAAAACAGAGUGGCAUGCAAGCAGCCAUCGUCUUCAAGUCUUUCAGGGACAAACAAUCCUAAAAUCUCGACACCAGGUCCAUCCGUCUUGACGAAUCCAGGGUAG